CAUAAAUCCGUUCCCGCCGCGUGGUCCGUAGUUUGUGGACUACAGUUGUGGUUUGGUUAUAAAUCCCCCCAUCUCCGCAUCAAACGGUGAAUUUUGAUAGUAUUACGCAUUUUGUAUGGAACACAGAGGAAAAUGUGAUAAUAUUUAAGGAUAUCGUGUCGUCUGAAUGUUUAGUUCAUUAUCUUUUACGCUGGGACUAUUUAUUAUAGUUUUAUGUCGAGUUGAUUUUGGGGAAGGAAGCGUGUUGUGCUGUACCGAACGUGUCGAAAACAAGAAGCGAUGGCAAACGUAUCUGUUGACAAAGACACAUUCUUUCGGCGUAUGAAGCGUCUUUACGCCGCGUGGAAGGAUGGAGAAGUUGGUACAGAUGACAGUUUUAGUAAAAUGGAUUGUCUCGUCUCUGCCGUGGGUACAGACGAGGAUAUUGUUUAUAGUAAAUCAACAGCGUUGCAAACAUGGCUACUCAGUUAUGAACUUACCGAUACUAUAAUGAUUUUGGCGGAAGAUUCUGUCAAUUUUCUGGCUAGUAAGAAGAAAAUUGAAUUUUUAAGAAAGUUAGAGAACCAAAAGUCAGAAGAAACUGGGGUGCCUCCUGUAAAACUGCUUGUGAGAGACAGAAAUGACGAAGAUAAAGCCAACUUUGCCAAACUCAUUGAAAUUAUAAAACAAAGCAAGAAGGGUAAAACAUUAGGCGUGUUUUCAAAAGAAAAUUAUCCAGGUGCCUUUAUGGAUGCAUGGAGAGCUGCAUUGAAGUCUGAGUCUUUUGAUACGGUUGAUGUAAGUGCUGCAGCUGCAUAUGUAAUGUGUCCAAAAGAGGAUGCUGAAAUUCUCACCAUAAAGAAAGCAUGUCUGGUGUCUGUAGAUGUUUUCACAAAGUACCUUAAAGAUCAGAUUAUGGAAAUUAUAGAUUCUGACAAAAAAGUUAAACACUCAAAGCUUGCAGAAGGUGUAGACGCAGCUAUAACAAAUAAGAAGUAUGUAACUGGCGUCGAUGUUACCCAAGUAGACAUGUGUUAUCCAGCGAUAAUACAAAGCGGUGGAAACUAUUCCCUAAAAUUCAGCGUUGUUAGUGAUAAGAACACUUUGCAUUUUGGUGUCAUUGUUUGUUCACUUGGAGCACGGUACAAGUCUUAUUGUUCUAACAUAGUCAGAACACUGCUGGUAAAUCCCACGAAAACGAUCGAGGAUAAUUACAAUUUUCUUUUACAAUUGGAAGAAGAGAUUUUAAAGAAAUUGACAUCCGGAACAAAGAUAAGUGAAGUAUACGAAGCUGGUGUGAAAUAUGUAAAGGACGAGAAACCAAAUAUGUUAGACCAUUUAACCAAAAACUUUGGAUUUGCUAUGGGUAUUGAAUUUAGAGAAAGCUCCCUGCUUAUUGGUCCAAAGACCCAUGCGGUAGUGAAGAAAGGCAUGGUAUUUAAUGUUAACGUCGGGUUGUCGAAUCUCUCGAAUUCGGAAGCCAAUGAGAAAGAAGGAAAAAUGUAUGCUCUUUUUAUCGGUGACACUGUCAUGGUUAAUGAAGGUCAACCAGCUACGAACUUGACACCGUCAAAGAAAAAAGUUAAAAAUGUUGGUAUAUUCGUGAAGGAUGAAGAGGAAGAAGAAGAAGAAGGAAGUGGGAAGGAGAACGAACCUAAGCCCGAGAUGCCUCUUGGCCGUGGUAAGAGAACUGCGGUCAUAGAAUCCAAGUUGAGAACGGAGCAUAGCUCGGAAGAGAAAAGAAAACAACAUCAGAAGGAACUGGCGCAACAAUUGAACGAAGUAGCGAAAGCUCGGUUAGCUCAGCAAUCUGGUGGAAAAGAACAGGAAAAAAUACGAAAAUCGACUGUAUCGUACAAAAGUUUGAGUCACAUGCCUCGUGAACCGGAAGUCAAAGAAUUGAAGUUAUAUGUUGAUAAAAAAUAUGAAACGGUAAUUCUACCGAUUUUUGGUAUCCCAGUACCCUUUCACAUAUCCACCAUUAAAAAUAUUUCUCAAUCCGUCGAAGGAGAUUAUACGUAUCUGAGAAUCAACUUUUUCCAUCCUGGUGCUACAAUGGGACGUAACGAAGGUGGAACUUAUCCACAACCAGAUGCUACAUUCGUCAAGGAAGUAACAUAUCGAAGUACAAACACCAAAGAACCUGGUGAAAUUUCGGCACCGUCGUCCAAUUUAAACACAGCCUUCAGAUUGAUUAAAGAAGUCCAAAAGAAAUUCAAGAACAGAGAAGCAGAGGAAAGAGAGAAAGAAGAUCUGGUGAAGCAGGAUACAUUGAUAUUGUCGCAAAACAAGGGCAACCCUAAACUGAAAGAUUUAUACAUUCGACCAAACAUAGUCUCGAAAAGGAUGACCGGAGGUUUGGAGGCACAUGUUAAUGGAUUCCGAUAUACUUCGGUCAGAGGGGACAAAGUCGAUAUUCUUUACAAUAAUAUUAAGAACGCCUUCUUCCAACCAUGUGAUGGAGAAAUGAUUAUAUUGCUUCACUUUCACUUGAAGCAUGCUAUAAUGUUUGGAAAGAAAAAGCACGUAGAUGUGCAGUUUUAUACAGAAGUAGGCGAGAUCACGACGGAUUUAGGGAAGCAUCAGCAUAUGCAUGAUCGCGACGAUCUGGCUGCUGAGCAAUCCGAGCGAGAGCUCAGGCACAAGUUGAAAACCGCUUUCAAAAGUUUCUGCGAGAAGGUUGAGAGCAUGACUAAACAAGAAAUUGAAUUCGAUACGCCGUUCCGGGAACUAGGAUUCCCUGGAGCACCGUUCAGGAGUACUGUUCUUUUGCAACCUACUAGUGGUUGCUUAGUCAACCUUACAGAAUGGCCUCCGUUUGUUAUCACAUUAGAGGACGUUGAGCUGGUCCAUUUCGAGAGAGUACAAUUCCAUCUGAAAAACUUCGAUAUGAUCUUCGUCUUCAAAGACUAUCAUAGAAAAGUUGCGAUGCUGAAUGCCAUUCCUAUGAACUUGCUGGAUCAUGUAAAGGAAUGGUUGAACUCCUGCGACAUUAGAUACACGGAGGGUGUACAGUCUCUGAAUUGGACCAAAAUUAUGAAAACAAUUACGGACGACCCUGUUGGCUUCUUUGAUAAUGGCGGUUGGACCUUUUUGGACCCAGAGAGCGACGCAGAAAAUGAUGAGGUGGAGGACGAAGAGGAAGAGGAGGACGAUGCUUACGAGCCAACUGAUUUAGACAGUGAAGAGGAAUCAGAUGAUGAUUCUGAGUACUCUGAAGCUUCUGAAGACUCAGACAGUGAAGAAGAAGAACUGGGCAGUUCUGAAGAAUCUGGUAAAGAUUGGUCAGACUUGGAACGAGAAGCGGCCGAGGAAGAUAAAGAAAGAGGAGACGACCAAUUCCGUGAUGAUUAUAAUUCUAGCAAAAAGAAGAAGUCCAACCGCAAACAUUCACCUUCGCUAUCAAAAGACAGACACAACUCGAAACAUAAGAGCUCUUCCAGUAGUAAAGACAAAAGUAAAUCAUCGUCCAGCAGUAAAGACAAAAAAUCCUCAUCGUCGGACAAACACAGAUCGGAUCGAUCACGGAGUGGGGGAUCGCACAAGAAAGCGUCUCCUUCCAAAUCGUCCAAAUACAGUCCCAAGAAGAGCGACAGACACGACAAACACAAAUCGAGCCAUUCUUCAUCUAGCAGUAAGAAACGAUCUCGCGAUGACAGUGCCGAAAGAAACGACAGGGGGUCGAAGAGGUCUAAGAAGUGAAAAGGAUUGCCUCACUCGCUGAAAAAAAGCACAUGCAAAAAAAGAACACCAAGUUGAUUCUACCUAAAAGCUUUCUCACUCGUGGUACGUCGAUUAAAUUAGAAGAACAGUACAUUUUCUUGCAUUGACUUUAUUAAAUGGUUGGUGAACGAUUCAUUGAUAUUACUUGGGAUAUUCGAAUUUGAAUUUCCAACACAUUUAUUAUUUUUUACAGCACUGUUAAUACGUGCCAGGCAUACUUUUUGUUAGUUUCUUACAAAUUUAUGUAUUAAUGUGUACUUUCAGUCUUUGUAAUUUAUACAUAAUUGUUUUAUUUAACACAGAAGGUAUACUUAGGAAAGUAUACUUUAAUAAUAUAGAUACUAACACAGAAUUAUUUCAUUCCAUUAUACGAUAACUAGACUGCAAAUGUUUAUCAAAUCUUGAUAUUCUUUGUACUUUGAAUCACAAAUACAAAAAUCCAAUCGUCAAGUAUUUGUGCAGAAGGUUCUGUUCUAAAAUUGAAAAUAAACCUGCAAAUAUCGGCAGUUUAAUAAUAAUGAACUAAUUACGUUGGUGAAACUGUAUUAAAAAAAAUCAAACAAUAUUCAUUGUAUAGAUAGUGACUGAAAGGAAAAAUUGUUUCGUCUGUUGUAAUAACGUUCACUAAUGAAAAUGGGCAUAUAUGUUUAUUCAUGACUAUUGUGGCAAAGAGUAACCUGUUAUAGGUACAAUCAUAACACGGCCUCAAUGCAAGACAAUGCACUAGUGAUAACCUUCGUACAUAAGAUAUCCAGAACUUAGACAUUAAGUUGCUAAGCGAAGAAAGCUGAACCGGAUCAAAAAAACCUUUGAUAAUUACGUUCGCAUUGUUCUGAGAUUUGUACCUUGGUAAACGAAAUAAAUACUUUUUAAGUUAUUUAUCAUUAAUGUACGAAUAAUUGUCAUUCAUCGGGCGUCGAACAAGUGGCUUCGAUGUAUUUGUGCAGUUUCAUUGGUAAGAUCUUUCAAAUACAAAUCUUUUUAUUUUUAUAUGAAGGAAACUACAUUAUAAUAAAAAUCCUUGUUUAACAACUGAA